AUGAAAUUCAUCUUGCUUGCCAUCUUAGCAUCUGCCGCUUUAGCCGUCCGUGAACAUGAGAUCAAUAAACGGGAUUACUACCACAUUGAUGCUUCGUUCAACACCUCGGGCACAACAAUUGUCCCAGAAAUUCCAUACACCUACACCAAUGGCACUUCAUUGAGCACAUCUAGCUCGAUUCCAUUCAACUCCUCCACCACCAACCAUUAUACAGUGGAUUACCAAAAUGGAGCCGCUUUAAUAGGCUCGGGCUCGUUGCUUUCCUUGGUCCUUCUUUCGUUGAUGUAA